AUGACGACUGUUGACUUCGGAAAAUACAGGCGGAUUGUGCAGUACUUCUGGGAUCCUGAGCCAACAAAUGAUACAGCGGCACAAUCCCCAAUAUGGUGCCUAGGCAAGCAGUACAAGGUCUCGCCCAAACUCCAACCACUUGACACGACAUCCGCUUCUCUUCCCGACAUAAAGUCGGCGUCUACGGAGCCUGCCCGUCCAGCAAAGCCCGCCACUCCACCGGAUAGUACAGCGAGUAGCAUAGACUCUGGGCUGGCAUACGAUGAGCAUGACGGAGGUGGAGGGUGGCCUUUGUCGUUCCUAGACGAUUUCGAAGCAAGGAUAUGGCUCACAUACCGAUCCAACUUUCCAACCAUCCCAAGAUCCCAAGAUCCGAAGGCUUUGUCCACGAUGUCCUUGUCAGUUCGGUUGCGGAGUCAGCUCGUCGACCAAGCCGGGUUUACAUCUGAUACUGGAUGGGGUUGCAUGAUACGGUCCGGGCAGAGUCUGCUCGCAAAUGCUCUUGUUAUGUUACGAAUGGGAAGAGAAUGGCGUCGGGGCUCUACGAGUCAAGAAGAACGAGAGAUUAUCUCAUUGUUUGCGGACAACCCUAAAGCCCCGUACUCAAUACACAAGUUCGUUGAGCAUGGAGCUACCGCUUGUGGGAAACACCCUGGGGAAUGGUUUGGACCCUCAGCAACGGCACGCUGUAUUCAAGCUUUAACGAAUGACCAUGAGUCUUCUGAGUUACGAGUUUACCUGACUGGUGACGGUUUAGACGUAUAUGAAGACACGUUUAUGAGGAUUGCAAAGCCUGACGGUAAAUGUUUUAUGCCGACCUUGAUUCUCGUAGGUACGAGGUUGGGUCUCGACAAAAUUACACCCGUUUAUUGGGAAGCCCUGAAGUCCACUUUGCAAAUGCCACAGUCGAUAGGAAUAGCCGGUGGUCAACCUUCCUCGUCACAUUAUUUCAUCGGCGUCCAAGGACAGUACUUCUUCUACCUAGAUCCCCACCAGACUCGUCCCGCCCUACCAUUGCCGGAGAGAGUCGAGGAUUACUCACAAGAAGAUAUAGAGACCUGUCACACGCGCAGGUUACGCCGGAUCCACAUCAAAGAGAUGGAUCCCAGUAUGUUAAUCGCCUUUCUAAUCCGAGACGAGAAAGACUGGAAGGAAUGGCGACAAGCAGUUCGGGAGGUACAAGGAAAGGCCGUUAUUCACGUGGCAGAGAAGGAGCCCCCGUUCCAAGGACUGGGAACGGAGCGAGAGGGGGCUAUUGACGAGGUCGAGACUUUCGAUGAUGAAGAUGAUGAUACCAUAUUGAAUGCUUGA